GUUCCAAGGUUUUUUUGCAGAUAUGGCAGUUCACUUCUGGCACUGAAAUGCUUGGAGAAGCAGUGCUAAACAACAACGGUCCCUGAUACAAAGAACUUUAUCUGUCUCUCAUUCACUCACAUUUCUCUCAGCUCUUUGUUUCGAUUCAUUCCGUAAACACAUACACACAGCAGUCUUCAUACUCACUCUCUCACAAACUGGAAGUGAAUAUGUCGAUGAAGUUUUUGACGGGUCUACAGGAUCUUCUAGGUCUGUACGAAACGGGUACCGCCGCUUCAUCACCGGCCUCCCCGAUUCCACCAACAUCUCCUGCAAUGUUUGCGGUGCCUCCUCAGCAACAAUCGCAUUCGGCAGCCACGUCGGUUCGUAAGAAAACGUGUCAAGACGCAAACAGUUCUGGUGAAGAUCCAAAUGGCCGCAUUCGGCAGUGUUCACAUGCUCGAACAGUUUCAUUUCCAGCGGAUAUGGAUCUUAUAACGGGUUAUCAUGAAGCACCAUCUUCCCUUUUUCAUAGCUAUCAUGACUCACAACGAGUCAUUGAUUCAUCAGAAAUUCUUACUGCAUAUCGAGAAGCUUGUCAGAGAAGACAAUGUGCUCCAAGUGCUGCAGUAGAAAAACAAAUUGGAUAUUUUCAUAAAAGUCCUGACACAAGGCAAGAGCUACUCAGUCUGAAAGGAGAACGGGUAUCUCAUGCUCAGAUGGAAGCAUUGGAGGAAAUUUUCAAACGAGUUCAGUUCAACACGAUUGACUUUGAGUACACUUUUCUAGAUGACGAUUGUGCCAUAUCACUUGGAGAAAUGAUUGAAUUCUAUGACUCGUGUGUUCGACUGAAUCUGUCCUUCAACAAACAAAUUGACAUGCGUGGUUGGACCACAAUCUUCCGAUCAAUCCGCCAUGCAGUCUCCCUUCAAAUGUUAAAUCUUAGAUAUACUAAUCUUAAUGAUCGCUCGAUUCCUGCCUUGUGUAAAAUGGCUCGUGCUCAACCAUCUGCUUCGUUAACUUGCCUUCAUUUGGAAAACACUCAAAUGUCUGGAAAGAAUCUACUUGUUCUGAUAUGUGCCUUGAAAAAUAACACGGGACUUCGAGAAUUAUAUCUCGGAGAUAAUGGUCUUCAGCCAACCGAUGGUUCACAUAUUUAUCAAUUGAUAACAUCAAAUAGCAGUUUGCAACUUCUUGACUUGAGGAAUAAUAGCAUUGGGGAUUCCGGAGUUCGGCACAUUUGUGAUGGACUUCGACACCGUGAAGCAGUAGAAAAGAGUUCACUUUCUGCAAUGGUUCUAUGGAAUAAUAAUGUAACGGGAGCAUCUAUGGACAGUCUUGCCGAAGCUUUGAUCGAAAACACUAAAAUUGAAACUCUAAACAUCGGAAACAACAAUCUCGGAGUUGAAGGAAUUGCAAGAUUGAAGCCAGCACUUGCCUCUAAUUCUCAUCUCCACCGACUCGGUCUUCAGAAUACGGGAAUCAAUUGUGAAGGAGCGAUCAUAUUGGCUGAGUGUAUUGCAGAUAACAUUGCAUUGUUACGAGUUGAUAUUCGAGAUAAUCCAAUAGCUCUUGCCGGUCUUUUGGCUCUUCAUUCCGCAAUGAAAAUGAAUACCUCAAUCACACUUCUCAACAUUGAUGCAUCGUGUGUGAAGCUAAGCAGUGAAAAGGAUGAGUUCGAGCGAUACUUCCGUGAGAUUCAAACAUAUUGUGAUCGAAACAAGGAUGAUGUGCUCAAGAGGUUGACCGUGACAUUUGAUGAUGAGGAAGGUGAUUCUGGUGUUGAGAAGAAAGAUGGCAAUGAAUGUGAAGGUGAAGAUAACAAAGAUCGACAAGAUACUCCAGCAGAAACAGAAAAUGGUGUUUCUUCAAAUGAAUCGAAGUUAGAAAAUGAGGAAGUUGGAGUGUCAAAGCCUGAAAGUAAUAACAACGAAAAAAGUCCACUAAUGGCAUCUUCAUCCACAUCAAAACUAUCUCGAAAAGAGAGACAUCAGCGAUUCGUGAGAAGCUCUUCUCUGACAUGUACCGAGACAGUUCAUGAUAUUCAUGACCGGCUCCGCGAAAUGUCGGGAUCCACGCAUUCUUUGGAUGCAGCAAUUGCAGCGGCCGCCUCUAAUUCUACAAUGCAAAAUCUGUUGACUGUUUCAUAUGGUUCCAAUCCUGGACCCCUGGAUUCAUCUAGUAAUUCGGAAUCAAUGAAAACAAUAAAGAAGUCAUUCACUGUUACUGCAGCAUCUUCAUCUUCACUUCCACUGGCAGAAUGGGGAUCCUUGCCUGCUUUACCACAAGCAAGUCCAUCCUCAACUCCAGUUGUGAGGAAGCUUCGACGUUUCUCCGUUUCACCCUCUUCAAGCGUUUUUGAUGUAGCCACAACAUCUUCGGCAGCCUCGUCGACAGCUUCAUCGCCGAUCCCAGAAAAUUCUAUUGCACUUCCCGUUCGUCCUUCGACCUUGGCCAUAGGAAUACCAAUUAUUGGAAGUGUUCCAGCAGGUCCAUCUUCUGCUCCACUUAUAUUAGUUGAAGAUCAUAAAGAUGGGCCCAUCACAAGCAAUCAAAUAUCGGACACUGAAAGGCGAAUAUCAGAAGAAAUUGAACGUCAGAAGAAGGACGAACAAGAAAUCGAAAAAUCGUGUCGAUCAGUAAUAAGAGACUUGCUAAACUAUGUGGAGUACGAGGAAAAGUCGCAGGUUGAACGGAAAGCCUCACUGCUUCUUCGAAAUACAUUCAGCCGUCCGAAUCCUGAAGAGCUGCUAAGAAAUUUGCGUUUAUCUGAAGCUACUGGAUCAACGACUCCAAGAACUCCAUUGACACCUUCCAGAGUUCUUGAAAUUGCCGAGGAGCUUGAAGGCGAGUCAGAUGAACAAAUUUGUCAGUCAGUUAUUCGUUGCCUUGUUCGAGAUGUUCUUCAGGCCGAGAAGAACGAACUUCGAUCUACACUUGAUCGUCGUCGUCGUCAUAACAGCGUCCGAAAUUCCCCGGUUUGAUUCUCUUUUUGAUCUCUCAGAUCCCUCCAUCAUUUUCUGUACUAUGUAAAAUUUAUUUUUUAUUUUCUCGUUAUUCUUCAUAAUCUGCUCUCAACCAAAUUGUUGCUUUAACUUUAUGACCCCCGUUUCCGGAAAAUGCAAUACGUGAUUUGAUUCAUUCGGUUAUACUUCUCCCGACGCCCAUCUCAAUUAUGCCUUGAACUUUUGGAACUGGAUUAUAUUCUUUACAUUGGAUGAUGAUUUAUUUUGCGUUUCAAAAUGAGUUGAAAUGGCUUUGUUGAUUUAAAAAAACGAAACGCAAUUCAUUACUCUUCUUAUUGUUAUUAUUUUUAUUGUACUUUCGCAUUUUUUUAUUCUCGCUUAUCCGAAACCGUUCCGACCCAAUUACUGAACAUUUUUUGUUGUUUUUGUACAUCUUCAUCUCUUCAUCCGCUUAUCAUUACAAUUUAGAUUUCUCUAUUUAGGAGCGGCUGUUCAUAUUUGUCCCCAUUUUCCUUUAGUUUUUUCAUUUCACAUUUUACUGCCAAUUUGAAUUAGAGUAGGUUAUUGUAAAGAUGUAUUUCUCCCCGUGAAGUGCUCAGUUAUCUUUUUUUCACUUUCACUUUAAGUUUUUCCAUUUAACAGAAACAUGAACAAGUAAGCAUCCAUUGUAAAUACCCCGUUUUACCUGAAAUUACCUCCAGUUUCCACUUUCGUGGACAAAUUCUUUGCAAACAAUCAUUUUGAUUAUCUUAAUUCACUUUGCACCCAGUUUUACUCAAAUUUCCCCUCAUUUUAAUUACCUUUCCCAGUUUGAAACCAAAAAUAAAAUGUACGUGCUACGAGUUUA